AAGUUUGAAGACUCUUAUGUCCAAAGGAAUCUUACAGGUACAUCCUCCAAUCUGUGAUUGCCCUGGGUGUCGAAUUUCGUCUCCAGUGAACCGGGGUCGCCUGGCAGAGAAGAGGACCAUCCCCUUACCUCCAACCAGGAUCCCAAAGAAAGAGCUCACCUCAAUCUUCUCGCAUAGUGACGACAGCGAAGAGAGCGAUAAGAGCAAUGGUCAACACCCUGAAGUAAAGCAGGAGGAAGAUCUCCACAUCAGUAUCAUGAAAAGAAGGAUACACACCCACUGGGAUUUAAACAUCUCCUUCCGAGAGACCUCUUGCAGCCGUGAUAACGACCUUUCCACUAUCAUCUCCAACCUGCAUCAGAGCCGUCAGCUCGUUAUGCCAGAGACCCAGAGCCGCUGUGAAUUCAAGAGAAACAGCAUCGACGUGGGCUUGGGAGCAGCAGAUGAAAUUUUAGGCAAGAGAAGAGUAUGUUCUCCCAACAGCAGCAGUGAGUGUCCUUUAGAAAGCAAGAAAGCCAGAAGUGAGUCCCCAAAGGAAAACUCCCACACGCCUCUGCUUGAGGACUCGGUGACUCAGAUGACCCCAGAGGAGCACUACAGACGCAUGAUGUCGGCGCUGAACGAACACGGCACGUUUGAGGAGCAGCAACAACAACGUCUCUACCAGCUGGCCAACAGCAUGGCAGUGCCCAGCCAUGGAGGACAUAUCAAAUUUAGCAGCAUGCAGUGCAAGGGGAAAGAGGGGGGCAGGGGGAGGAAUACGCAGGAGAUAUCCCACCCGCCGCCUCUGCUCUCACCCCAGAAUGCACCCCACAUUGCCCUGGGCCCCCACUUGAGACCUCCGUUCCUCGGGGUGCCGUCAGCUCUGUGCCAGACGCCAGGUUACGGGUUCCUACAGCCGGCACAAGCGGAGAUGUUUGCACGGCAGCAGGAGAUGCUACGAAAGCAAAACCUGGCAAGGUUAGAGAUGUCGGCCGAGAUCAUCCGCCAGAAGGAGCUGGAGAACCUCCACAGGCAAAGGCUACUGGCUGGUGACCCCCUGAGCCUGCAUCCCGGCUUGCCCCCGGACCACCCGGCCCUGCGCAACGUGCACGACAUCCCCGAGGGCCACCCGCUGCGGGAAGAGCUGUCCCGGAGGAACGCCAUGCUGGUGCUGCGGCACAACAACACCCCCCUGCUCUCCCUCAACCCCAGCGUCCCCAGCAGCGCCACGCCGCCCAAGGAGCAGCCCCGGCGCGGCAGUCGGAAAUCGGCACAUCACCGCGCGGAGCCGCAGGGCCUGAGUGAGGCCAAGGAGCUGGCGGAGCCCCGGGUGAGGGACGGGGCACCGGACUGUAACGACGAGGAGAUGAAGGACUCGGAGAGCGACGCCGACGUGAGCGACGAGAAGCCGGAGAGCCUGAAGGCGGAGAGCAGCGGCUCGGCCGCCGAGCUGAAGGAGUGCAAAGAGACGGGCAAAGUCUGCGAAGGGGCCAAGGAGUUGGGCGAAGCCUCCUCUGGCCAAAAUGCCCCCUGCAGCUCCUCCAGCGCCGAGUCCCCCAGCCAUUUGCUUGGCCCGGGCAUCAACAAAAACGAGGUGAAAUACCUCCCGCCGGCCUCCAUCCCACCGCCUCAGCCGCUGCCCUUCGGGUUCCCUUACACCAUGAGCCCCUACUUCCACGCGGGCACCAUGGGAGGUCUCUUUCUGGAUGGUGAGGAAAGCCCUGCGCUGGAAGACAUCAGCAAAUGGACGGUGGAGGAUGUGUGCAGCUUCGUGUCCAACUUGUCCGGCUGCACCGAGUACACUCAGGUAUUCCGAGAGCAGGCGAUUGAUGGUGAGACCCUGCCCCUCCUGACAGAAGAGCAUUUACUGAACAACAUGGGGCUGAAGCUGGGACCUGCGCUCAAGAUACGGUCACAGGUGGCCAAGAGAGUGGGCAGAGUUCUGUACAUGGCAGGGUUCCCCAUGGCUUUCCCCCUGCAGCCCCCCGGUUUGCGGCCGCCGGAGCGGGACGUGCCCCCGGCCGAUCUCCGUCCCUCCUCCACGGGCAGCGUGGCCUCCCCCUUCAGCAGCGGCCUCCCCCCCGCCAGCCGCGGCUCACCAAAGCAGGAGAACGGGAACCCCUCCCUCAUCACGGGCAUCAACGACACCCCCAAACCUCCCUCCUAACUGCAGGACAGCUCUGGGCAGCUGCUGGGACUGAGGGGCAGUGGAACCAACAGAAGGUAACGCGUGUUUGAGAGCCCAGGAGAGCCUCCCGCCGCCGGGUGCGAGACACAGGAGUGAGGAAGGGAGGGGGUUGAUAAUAUUUUUUUUUGGAUGCAUUUGCUUUUUGUUUAAGAAAACCAAACCAACAAACCAACCACAACACACACAGAGAAGUUUUAAAAAGUGUAAAAAAGGGAAGGAAAGAAAACUAUCCAAAGAUGUACUUGAGACAAGGCAAGUGAAGAGGAAGGCAAUGGUUCUGGAGGAUGGAUGGCAGCGGCGUUCCCCGUCCCUUCCACGCCCCAUCUUGCUCCCCAGUCCCAGCUGGAGAGUCACCACCAGGGAACCAACGCUCUUCUUGGCCUUCAAAGAACCACGGCUGUCAGGACCUGCAGGGGAGGGGAUGGGGCACCCCUCCCCCCAACGGUACCCACCACCCCCCAGUGGAAAAAAACCCAUCAGAAACGAAACCAACCACCUUCCCCAGUGUCUCCUCCUCCCUGGAAACUGUUCUCAGUUCCUCAUUCAGGUGUCUAUGCAUCUCUAGCAACUUUUAAAACAAUACCAAAGACAGACAAAAAGAAAAGACAAAACAAAGAAAAAUAAUAAUAAUAAAAAAGGCAAGUUCCGGUCCAUGUUUACUUGGGUGUGGAUGGUACGGCACAGGGGGCUCCGUGCUGUCCCACGGGCUCGGGGCUGCCCCUUCCCCGGCACGAUGUCCCUUUUGGCACACACAGAGACCAGACUCUGCCCGUGCUCCAGCCCCGCAGAGCUUUGUUUUGGUUUUUAUUUUUGUGUUUUUUUAAUGAGUUGUUUUGUUUUGAAGAGGAGAAGAGUGUGUGCUGCGGGAUGCGGGGUCACAGGCCUCACUCCGAAGUGGCCCCCUCCCUCCUCCACGUGUACAACAGACUCAUUUCUACACCUGGGGUGGUUUUUUUGUUCAUAGGGUUGUU